CAUUUAUUAUAAUAACAUAAAUAUUUAUAAAGAGAGCCGAGCAGUCGAUUACUGAAGAGAGAUGGCUUCCGGGGUGAUUCCUAAGCUUAUUGUGUGCUUCUUAGUGGAAGCAUUAAUGCAUGGCGUCAGCGGUGAAGACCCCUACUUGUACUUCACAUGGAACGUCACCUACUGCACCAUCUCUCCGUUGGGAGUUGCUCAGAAAGUUAUUCUCAUCAAUGGUGAAUUCCCAGGUCCUAAUAUUAACUCCACCACCAAUAAUAAUGUUGUCGUCAAUGUCUAUAACCAUCUUGAUGAGCCCUUCCUCUUUACAUGGAGUGGAAUCCAACAGAGGAAAAAUUCAUGGGAAGAUGGAGUGCCAGGAACCAACUGUCCCAUUCCCCCAGGAACCAACUUCACGUACAAGUACCAGGUGAAGGACCAGAUUGGUAGCUACAUCUACUAUCCGUCCAUGGGAAUGCAUAGGGCAGCUGGUGCUUUUGGUGGUCUUAGGAUCCACAGUCGUGCGCUCAUUCCUGUCCCUUAUGAUGAACCCGCCGAUGAUUAUACCGUUCUCAUUGGUGACUGGUAUACCAAGAGCCACAAGGAACUAAGGGGCUUCUUAGACAGUGGUCGCCCUUUGGGCAGGCCUGAUGGUGUCCUCAUUAAUGGUAAAGCUGGUAAAGUUGGAGUCAAACAGGAACCGUUGUUCACUAUGGAGCCUGGCAAGACAUACAUGUACAGGGUCUGCAAUGUUGGACUCAAGGCUUCCCUCAACUUUAGGAUCCAAGGCCACAAGAUGAAACUUGUGGAAAUGGAGGGUUCCCACACCAUUCAAAACGUGUAUGAUUCCUUGGAUGUGCAUAUCGGACAGUGUUUUACGGUCCUCGUUACAGCCGACCAAGACCCUAAAGACUACUAUAUUGUAGCAUCCACUCGAUUUCUUAAGGAAGUGCAGACUGGCAUUGCCACCAUUAGCUACACCAACGGCAAGGGAGAAGCCUCACCUGAGCUUCCUCCCGCACCAGUUGGUUGGGCUUGGUCACUGAAUCAGUUUCGCACCUUCCGAUGGAAUCUUACUGCCAGUGCUGCAAGGCCAAAUCCUCAGGGAUCCUACCAUUACGGUGCUAUUAACAUCACUCGUACUAUCAGGCUGGUUAACAGUGUUAGCAGAGCCAACGGCAAGCUCCGCUACGGCUUUAACGGUGUCUCGCAUAUCGACCCAACCACCCCAUUGAAGUUGGCAGAAUACUUUAAUGUAGGUGACAAGGUUUUCAAAUACGAUGUGAUUAAGGAUGAACCAGAAAACACCACAGACCUCAGCGUGCAACCAAAUGUCCUGAACAUGACAUUCCGUAACUUCGUGGAGAUCAUUUUUGAGAACCACGAGAAAAGCAUCCAGUCGUACCACAUCGAUGGGUAUUCGUUCUUUGCGGUGGCGGUUGAGCCAGGGACAUGGAGUCCGCAGAACAGGAUGAACUAUAAUCUUCUUGACGCAGUGAGCAGGCACACGAUACAGGUGUUCCCAAAGUCAUGGGCAGCCAUCCUUUUAACGUUUGACAAUGCAGGCAUGUGGAAUAUCAGAUCGGAGAGAUGGGAGAGGACAUACUUGGGACAACAGCUCUAUGCCAGUAUUUUGUCCCCAGAAAGAUCCUUGAGGGAUGAGUACAAUAUCCCCGAGAACGCUCUACUAUGUGGAAUCGUGAAGGGCUUGCCCAAGCCACCAUCUUAUACGUAGCUGAUCAACAAUUCCCAUGUAUUUGGCUGCUAUGAGCCUCUCGUUUCUACAUGAUUAUAUAAACCCUUUCCUAUAUAUCUACUAA